AAAAAGGGACAAAAGAAAAAAAAUCAACAAAAUUUACUUCUUCCCGAGUCGUAUAGACUCAUAAGGCCUGUUUCCUGGUUUCUGCAGUAUAUAUAUAUUCGCUCCUGGAUGGGAUGCUGGGCCAUUGCAGCAUCACUUUGGACUGAAGCAACGUGAAAUGAUGUGUUUUUGUUCGAGAACGUAACGCAUUCCCUGGUCUAGGAAUCGAAACUACAACUCCACGAUCAUAAGUGAAACAUCCAAAACCACUGAGUCACCCGCCUCCAUAAACGUAUUAAUAAACAUAACAGUAACGGAAACAGCAACAUCUGCAGCGAAAUCAGUUAUCGGGGAUAGUAUAACAGAAACGUUAAUUGUGGCCUCGUUCAUUAUAGAAAUUAUAAUCAAAGAGCAACAUCGAUAACAACAACAACAGCAGCAGCAGUAAUCACCACCACCACCACCACAACAACAACAACAAAAGCAUCUUCUGCAGUCAAGUGCAACAACAACAACAACAACAACAGCAGUAGCAGCAGGAAGUAUAACAACAGUAAUGUUAACUGUGGCCUUGUUCAUUAUAGAAACUAUAACCAGAGCAACAGCAACAGUAGUAGCAGGAGCAGUAGCAGCAGCAGCAGUAAAAGCGGUAAUAUUAACAAUGGAGUAGUGUUGCAACAGCUGGUGGUGUUAUGCAAAUUAUAACAGAAACAUUAGCAGCAGUGAUAAUGAUAGAAGAGCAUACCAUCACAAACAACAACGACAACAACAACAUUAAUAGGAAUAUCGGACAAAGGGGAAGAAAUUACUAUGGUUAUGUGCAACUACAGCAAGAACAACAAUUGCAACAACAACAAUAAUACCGAAGGAAGGAGAAAUUACACUGGUUAAAAUAAUAACAGCAGCGACAACAAUAACAGUAACAACAACAGGAAUAUAACGACAAUAUGUGUCCAGCUUAUGUCAGCAUUUUGUCGAUAGAAUGUGCACCAAGAGAUUGGUUUCGUGUAAUGAUCAAAGCGGAGAAUAAUUGACCAGCGGAAAGUCAUGUGAGUCAGCAGAAUGAUUUGAUCUCAGUUCUGUAGUUUUACUUAAAAAAGCCGCCCAUGUAUUUUAAUGCUACCUCUCCUCAAAGCGUGCAGCCAAUAUCAAAGUGAACUGUGCCGUUCAGAAUUUUUAAGAUUUGUCUACGGAUACAACGAUCUGUUGGUGUCAAAAUACGCAGUGCUAACCUCUUGGCUUCUUGUCCAUUGUGUUAUAUCCAUUGUGUUAUUAUAGCGGUUCAGUCAUCCGCAACUUGUAUUAUUUAACUGUUUGAAACUGCAUGCCACUACACGCUUUCAAAUAAACAAACGUAUUCGUAUGCAUACACGUAUAUACUGACACAUACAUAGACGCCAAAUUCACAAAUACACUUAUACACCCGUUUAUACAUGUACACACAUACUCGAAGCAGUAAAACGACACGAAUCGCUGACCACAUCAGAUGCUUCUUCGAUAUCCCACUAUCAUAGAGUAACUAUAAUUCAAUUUCAUUGCAGGACCACGUCCGAAACGUUUUUCUAUUUUUGGUCAUAUCUUAGUACACACACACACACACUACACACACACACACACACACACACACACACACACACACACACACACACACACACAACUAUUUCUGCUUUUAAUUUCUGGGUUCUACAGCAUCGUUUUUAUGCUCAAAAUAACGUGAUGGAGAACUCUUCAAAGCAGAGCAAAAAGCAGUCCUUUGACUCAGGGAGCUGAAUCUGUAAGGCAUGUUUCGAUUCCGUCUAGAAAAUAAUGUCCUUGCCUCUCAUAAGUAAGGUGCACGAAUACCAUAAAUUCUUAAACCCCCUUAACUAUACAAAUAUAUACACAGAAAAAAGAGAAAGUGUGUUCCUGGAAAUCACAAAGUUACUUUUUGGAGAGCCGAGACUGUUAGCCGGUUUCGUUACUCGGGUGACACAAAUUCCCUUCCUCUACAAAGAUAAUGCUGUUUCGUUGAAUGUUAUAAAGCAUCAUAUUUCUCCACUAUAAAGUUGAAAAAAUAUCUGCAUAAAUAAGAAACUAUUCUUUUGUUCACAUGCCCUUCUUUAUAAUUUUUAUACGGGUGCAGUAAUCGAGUACAGUGUUUUAGAACGUCACCAAAAACGAAAUUUUCGGUUUUUGAUUCAACGGAAGAGAUAAGUGGAGUUGCUUCCUGUUACUUUAUCGAGUUCAACAAGAGGACUGCGACUUAAAACGGUGAUACAAAACACAUGUCAACGUUUACAUUACAGCUGCUGCAGAUUUUCGCUGCAGUGGGGUUUUCAUCUGUUAGUGAUUGCGAAGUAGGGGAUAUGGUCAUGGAUUCAACACAGUGGUGGCUGCAAGAUACAAACCAGCUAAAUCUCAGUGUCUUAUCAACUCAGCCGUCUACACUCUCAAUAAAGCAUUUGGUCACGUUCAAUUCAUACUCCAACAAAACUAUGCCUUUGUUAUUUAAUUCUGAAAACGAAGCUCUUCGAAUAAUACUUAUAGUUAUUUACUACGUGUUGUUAAUACCCGUUUUUGGUGGAAAUUUGUUGUUAAUAAUCGCCACAUUUAAAUGUAAACAGUUGCACACACGAACUAACACCCUGGUGGCCAACAGUGCUUGCAGUGAUAUGAUUUUCGGAACAUUUUUGAUAGUUUACGAAAUAAUCCUCUUACAGUUAAAGCGAGUGAUUCCGGGGCAGGUUUUAGAAGUCAUUUAUCUAAUAUUUUUCCGUACUGGAAUUUCUAUAUCUUUGUCCAAUCUGCUUUUGAUAACAGCUGAAAGAUAUUUUUCAGUGUUAUGGCCAUUUUGUUACGAGGCACACGUGACCAACCGCAGUAUUAUAGUGGGCAUAAGUCUGUCUUGGCUUGUGAAUAUACCGCUAUGUACAGCCUCUUGGCUUCUCGAAGUGAAGCUACAAGCGAUCAAAGAAAACCUUGAGGAACAUCCGGUGUUUGUGGACUCUACAGCAUACGAUUACGUCUGGCUGGCAUUCUGUCUACUCGAGUUUAGUUUAUCGAUAUAUUUUUAUGCUAGAGUAAUAUGCGUUAGCUGGCGACAACUCAAAACAAUACACCGGAACAACAGUGUAGAUGAUGGGCUGGCAAGAAGAGACUUAUAUAAGGCCAAAAGAAGGUCUUUGUUUCUAGGUGCGUUCAUUGUUUUAUGGUCUCCAAUAUUUUGCUUUAAGAUUUGCGACAGUUCUGCCGUGAUAUACUUCCGACGGAAGUACUCUCUAGGUUCGGCAACUUUCUGGUAAAGUUGAACUACUGCAUAAAUUUCAUUGUUUAUGCUGCUACGAAGACAUAUCGUUCGGCAUUCAAAGACCUUUUCUGUUCGCGGCGAGUUUCCUCGCGCGUUUUUGUACUCUGAAUGUAGUACAAAUUAUAUUUGUA